CCAUCCCGUUUUCCUAGUGAGGGUCUGCUGCUCAGAUCGCAGAUACAGUAGUUUUUGUCUAUCUUUUCUCUCAAGUGGUUUGCUCCUUGUUUCAGCUCGCCGGAGGGCACAGAGGCUGUGGUUUCCCUGACAUUUCUGGGACCGAAUCCAAAAGAAGGGGAAAAGAAACGUUUUUUUUCCUUUCCCCUCCGUCGUCACUUUUCCUGAGAUUUCCUUCGGCUGUGCAGACGGUAUAAAAUCUUUCUCAGCCGGAAACAGAGGAAAACUCUAUCCGAAUGAAAGCGUAGAAACUACACGGUAGCUGAAUUCUACCAGUUAGAGGAAGUUUGCAGUCUGGAGUUACUGAAAGGCGAUCUACAGUACCAGGGAAAGGAAAUAAUUUUAUGGGAGCGGAUAAAUUUAUUUUGUUUUGAUUAUUCAAUGCCAUUUCAAUUUUGCUAAUAAAACAUCUGCAUUCGCUCAAAGAAGACGUUCAACAGCUUUGAUCCUUUCUUUGGAAUAUAAUUCUGAACUGGAAAAAAAAACACUUUGGACGAAAAGACAUCGGACAGAACAUAAUAAUAAUGCAGUUUCAUUCAAGAUUCAAGAUCAGGGGGAAUCGGGUUUGCCACGAUUUUGCUUUACUUAUAAAAAUAACAGCUGUACAUUCAUUUUAAAAAGCUUGGUUGAAGACAUUUUAUUUUCCCGACGUUCGCAUCUUUUUAUGGAUUUAAUUUCAAUUGACAAGAAUGUUUCAGAUUCAUAACUGAGAAGAUCAAUGACAGUUCCCUUAACAGUGUGCUUUGAUGAGUGUCUUGUUUCCAUUUUAAAGUAAGCCGUUUCAGUUUUAUACUUCUUUUUCUGCAUCUGAAUAACACCUUGUCGUUUGCAAAGAAAACGCCACUUCGAUAUCACUUUCAGCGAGGGACGCUAUGAUUUCUAGGCAAAACUGUAAACUCAGCUUUUGCCUGCAUCAUCUGGCUUCUGGACAGUGAUCCUAGGGGGACCCCAGCAGCUUCAAAAGACGAUCAACUCCAUGUGCUGUAACGGCUGCUAUAUUCUCUACUAGCAGAUCUUGUGUUUGCGAGGACUGUAAAAUGAUGCGGACAUUACUGUGCAGUUUAGCCGUGCUCCUUGCGCUGGGGGCUAUAUGCGCCUCUGAAAUCUCAGCCGUUGACAGAUAUACCAAACUGAAGCCGCUGCCAAUUCAUCGAGCAAGGCUUAACAAAACACGUUUGCAAAAAGGUGCUUUCGCUGCGGCCCAGGGACGUUCCGCUAGGGUAGUUGAUCCAGCGGUUGCCUCCUCCGUUUCAGCCGGAGAGAUGCAAGGAGACCAGAGCGCAGCUCCUUCUAGGAGGGAGCAACCGAGGAAGGCGCUACCCGCUAGGAGACAGGGGGAUUCUGGGAGGCACAGCCCCAGAGGCAUGGUGCAGGAUGAUGGCACUCCCGGGCCCCGCUCCAGACCGGUGCGCGUGUCUUCCGGUGCAGGCUCCCCGAACGUCUUGGCAAGUUUUGCAGGGAAAAAUCGCGUGUGGGUCAUCUCCGCCCCGCACGCCUCUGAGGGCUACUACCGUCUUAUGAUGAGCCUGCUCAAGCCGGACGUCUACUGCGAGCUGGCCGACCGGCAUGUGCAGCAGAUCGUGAUGUUCCACGAGGAGGGGGAGAUGGGCGGGACAGUGCGCCGCAUAACCAGCGAGGGGAAGGUCGUCGAGGAGCCCCUGGACCCGGCGCUCAUCCCCAAGAUGAUGAGCUUCCUGAAGUUGGAAAAGGGCAAGUUCGGGAUGGUGCUGCUGCGGAAGACGCUGCAGGUGGAGGAGCGCUACCCCUACCCGGUGCGGCUGGAGGCCCUUUACGAAGUGAUCGACCAGACGCCGAUGCGCAAGAUCGAGAAGCUGAGGCAGAAGGGUUUCGUGCAGAAAUGCAAGGGGGCUGGCGUGGAGGGCGUGGUGGUGGACGGCGGCGGGGCCAGGCACACCCAGAGAACUGAGUCGCCGGAGGACAGUAGGCCAGGGAGGAAGGUGGUCCGGCGGCCCACGCAGACCCCAGCACCCCCGCCGCCGACGACCACAAAACCGACAACCACCCCCACCACCACAACAACCUCCACAACCACAACAACGAGGCCAACCACCACCACGACUACCACGACAACCACCACAGCCCCACCCACCACACGCGCCGUCACCACGACCACGGUCCCCCCGACAACCGAGAAACCCCCUAAAGCUCCAGGCACUCCUCACUGGAUGCCAGAGGUGCGCCGAAACUCCCACCACGGAGGACGCCGACCCACCACUGCGGAGCCCUACUAUUACCCCCCUACGAGAUAUGACCACCGCAAGGAGAGACAACACCAGGCCUUCACCCCUGCUAGCAAAUACCCCAAAACUCCUGCACCCCCAGAUCCUACUGCUCCUUCUGAGUACUACACAAAGGCCUACACCACAGGCCGCCAGGGGGACAACCGCACAGACAAGAAGGAUUAUGGGCGCAAGGAGUCCCACCUUACGCCACCUCAGCACAAGCCCACAGAAGCCCGGCCCCCCAAGAAGAAGGGCGCCACCAAAAUCCUGACCAACGAGUACGAGGACAAGUACGACGGGGGGAGGCCCACCCCCGGCGAGGCCGUGGAGGAGGAGACGGCGGUGGAGGCGGGCCCCCAGAAGAAGGGCAAAGGCAAGCCGGGCAAGGCGGAGAAGAAGAAGAAGAAGGGAGACAAGCCGGAGAAAGCAGCCAAGAAGGAGAACGGGGAGAAGAAGGCCAAACCGGGCAAGGACGGCAAGGGCGAGGGCCGGCCCAAGAAGAGCGGCAAGAAAGGGAGCAAGAGUCCGGACAAGGAGGACUACCGGAAACCUGCCAAGCCGCUGCCACCGGCCAAGAGCUCUCUGGCGGCCUUCCUCGAUUACUUCGAAAAUCGACGACGGCUCCUCGUCAUCACCUCGCCUCACGAGGAGCACAACAUGUACGUGCAGCAGAGGGAUGAGUACCUGGAGCACGUGUGCGAGAUGGCAAUCAGAAAAGUCUCCAUCAUCACCAUUUUUGGCACUUUGACUAAUAACACCAUGAAGAUCGACCACUAUCAGCUGGAGCAUGAUAAGCCUAUGAAAGGCCUGAAGGAAGACGACCUCAUGAACCAGGACCUCAUCAUUGAGCUGAGAAAGGAGUAUGGCAUGACCUACAAUGACUUCUUCAUGGUACUCACCGACUUCGACAUGAAAGUUAAGCAAUACUACGAGGUGCCCAUUGCAAUGAAGGCUGUGUUUGACUUCAUCGACACCUUUCCCUCGCGCAUCAAGGAGAUGGAGAAGCAAAAGAAAGAGGGAGUGCUUUGCAAAAAGGAAGACAAGCCAAGAUCCCUGGAGAACUUCCUGUCAAGGUUCCGCUGGAGGCGGAGGCUGUUUGUCAUCUCCGCCCCGUCUGACGAGGAAUGGGCCUAUCAGCAGCAGCUCUACGCUCUGAACAGCCAAGCCUGCAACCUGGGUUUACGUCACGUGGCUGUCCUGAAGCUAGUUGGUGUCGGGCCUGAGGCAGGAGGGGUACUGGAGCUGUUUCCUAUCAAUGGAAGUGCUACCGUGGACCGCGAAGGCCUCUCCAUGUCCUUGGUGAAGGACAUUCGGAACUACUUCCAAAUCAGUCCGGAGUAUUUCUCCAUGCUCCUGGUCGGGAAGGACGGCAAUGUGAAGUCCUGGUACCCCUCUCCCAUGUGGUCUAUGGCGAUUAUCUAUGACCUUGUGGACUCCAUGCAGCUCCGACGGCAGGAAAUGGCCAUCCAGCAGUCUUUGGGAAUGAGGUGUCCAGAAGAUGAAUAUGGGGGUUAUGGAUAUCACCAUCAGGGGUACCAUGACGGCUACCAGGAUGACUAUCAGAGGGGCUCCUAUCACCAUGGAUACCAUUAUUGAGGGAAGCCGUUUAACCUUUGACCCUAGUGGGUUUUUUUACAAAUGUUUUAAUAAAUGUUCUGCAGGGCU